GUCUGUGUGUCUUAUGGAGUGAAUAUGGAGCGGCCGCCCGGUAUUCCCACAGCCACCGUGUCUGCAAUCUCUGGUCAUCUCCUGUACUAUGUCUGCAGUCUCUGGUCAUCUCCUGUACUAUGUCCGCAGUCUCUGGUCAUCUCCUGUAGUAUUCCCACAGCCUCUGGUCAUCUCCUGUACUAUGUCCGCAGUCUCUGGUCAUCUCCUGUACUGUGUCCGCAGUCUCUGGUCAUCUCCUGUACUAUGUCCGCAGUCUCUGGUCAUCUCCUGUACUAAUCCGCAGUCUCUGGUCAUCUCCUGUACUAAGUCUGAAGUCUCUGGUCAUCCUCUGUACUAUGCAGUCUCUGGUCAUCUCCUGUACUAUGUCCGCAGUCUCCGGUCAUCUCCUGUACUAUGCAGUUUCUGGUCAUCUCCUGUACUAUGUCCGCAG